AUGUCUCUGGUUCGACUGGUUUUCGUGCUUGCUGCCACCAUAAUAUCUAUUACUAUUAGUGAUGAAAGCAAUGACAUGAAUUUCACUAUUGGUGCACUUCUCAGUAGUGUCACGGCUAUGAAGCAUUUCAAUUCCUCCAUUGGUGAUGUUCGUGCUCAUGUUAACGGCAGGAAGGUAUCGUUCACCCCGCUUACCGAGCUUCUGGCAUCAAACGCCCUUAAAGCCUCGAAACAGUUGUGCUCCAUGUUUGUGGCAGGAAAGGGCCGACUUUUUGCUGUGGUAGUUUCCAGCCCUCCCAGAUUUCCCAGCACUUCGCCUCUAUCUAUAUCCUACGUAGCGGCGCUUUAUGGUGUGCCGGUGAUUGGGGUGAGUACUCGACAAGCCGUCUUCAGUGACAAGUACGCCCAUGCCAGCUUUCUUCGCACAGUACCGCCAUUUUCCCUCGAGGCUCGCGUUUGGGCCGACCUCAUCGCCACUUUAGAGUGGCAUGAGGUCGUUCUCAUUCAUUCAGACAACUGUCAAGAUGCAAAGGCGCUCGUUGCAUACCUCGAGUUGGCUCGGCAAACCGUCGACUUCAAGGUGGAUUCUUCCUUUCUAAAUUAUUGGUUUUUUUGA